AUGGGCAACAAGCAGACUGUGUUCACUCAUGAGCAGCUGGAGGAAUACCAGGACUGUACUUUCUUCACGAGGAAGGAGAUCAUGAGGCUCUUCUAUCGCUACCAGGACCUGGCCCCCCAAUUGGUGCCCCUCGACUAUACCACCUGUCCUGAGGUGAAGGUUCCCUACGAGCUGAUUGGCAGCAUGCCAGAGCUGAAGGAUAACCCUUUCCGCCAGAGGAUUGCACAGGUCUUCUCUCAAGAUGGAGAUGGUCACAUGACCUUAGAGAACUUCUUGGAUAUGUUCUCAGUGAUGAGUGAGAUGGCUCCACGGGACCUGAAGGCCUACUACGCCUUUAAGAUUUAUGACUUCAACAAUGACGACUACAUCUGCGCGUGGGACCUGGAGCAGACGGUGACCAGGCUGACCCGUGGGGAGCUGAGUGCUGAGGAGGUGACCCUGGUCUGUGAGAAGGUGUUGGAUGAAGCAGACAGCGACCAUGAUGGGCGGCUGUCCCUGGAGGACUUCCAAAACAUGAUCCUGCGGGCGCCAGACUUCCUCAGCACCUUCCACAUCCGCAUCUGA